UGAGUCACAAGUCUAUGGCAUUCCGAGCGACGACCGCGCGAGAGCCACUGCGAGUACUCGCGUUCCCACAAAUCGCGGACGUGUUAUUUUACAUCGUCGACCGGGCUAACCGAAGUUUUUUCGCAAAAAUCGAAUUCGAACAAUCCGCACAUAUCAAUCGCAAGACACAUAAUCACUAACACAAACGGCAUAAAGAUAAUUUGAUUAACAAAGUCAAAGUUAGUUGAUAUUAUCAGUGAAAUUGAUCUUUUUUAUAAUGUAUGAGUGCGUAUGGUCAGUUAUUGAUGUCGAGUGAUGUUCAUACUGUUUAGUGUGGUUCGUUUAAGUGACAAAGCGUCGACCGUCGGGGGCUAUUAUCCUAUUCGAGAUUGCGUCGGGCCGGGAGCGCUCGGGCUCGGGUCUUAGUCGUUGGGGUACCCUAAAGCAGUAACUACGGAGUCGCCACUUCUCCUCCGUACCAUUUACUGCCAGGAUUGCGAUUUGAAGAUGGUGCAGCAGGAUUUGACCUAGGCCUGCUAUGGCUCGGGCGGGCUCAUGCGCGUGAGCCCCGGGCAGCCAGGACUGUGUAGUGUUGUGUUGUGUAGUGAUGCCCGCCAUGUUGUCGGCUGUGCUGGAAGAGGAGGCCGACAUGUACGAGGCGUUUCCGCCGCAUGUUGACCCCACUGGAAUUACUAUACUCACCGAUAGCCCACCAGGGAAGAAAGCGCCACUCAAAACCUUCGAGGAGGUCCAACCACUGUUACAACAAUCGAGGAAACGUGAACUCAAGCUCGUCAUCAGAGAGAACUCCUGGCCGAUAAACAGCCCGGUCCGGGCGUUGCUGUGGCCGGCGUUGUGCCGGCAGCAUCAGCAUGGGAAGUCCAUGCUCGACGGCUUCUACUGGGACAUGGUCACACAGGUGUUCGGAACAGUGGAGUUACCGGACAAGCCGAUCAUGCUCCCACCGUUCGUGGAAGCGACGCACUGCCUCGGCUACCACCUGACUCGCAAGGGCCGCGCGGUCGCCGACCGGGUCGUCUCCGUGCUAGGCUACGCCUGCCCUGACAUCACGUACAGCCCCAGUCUCUACCCCAUCACGGCUGCCCUGCUACACUUCAUGCCUGAGGAGGAAUGCUAUCACUGUAUGGCGUCCCUAGUGGCGUCCAAGGAGAAGAUGUUCAUCACACAGACCAAGCUGCUCAACGAAGUCACGUGGAAAACGGUCAUGCAGAUCGCGAAGAAACACGCCAAGUCGGCGGCGCAGCACCUCUCGAGGCUAUCGGGCGCAAUCGGCCCGGAACGGAUCUACGCUGACUGGCAGUGGUGGAUCCUCGCGGCCCUACCCUUCCCCCACCUCGUCAGGGUGCUGGACUGCUUUUUCCAUGAGGGCAUCAAGGUGUUCUACAGGGUGGCUCUAGCGAUCCUGAUCCUAUUCCACAAGCACUCUACGAAUCAGAGCUCGGACUGGUACGCCGAGGCGACAAAGAACGGCGUCGACCACGCCAUCGACAAGUUCUGCAGAAACAUGCCCGCUUCACCGACAAAACUGCUGCGGACUGCGUUUAGUAUUAGGGCUUUAAGUUCACAGUACAUAUCCCGAGUGUUCAUUAAGACGGAGAUGACGCUGAAGUCGAAGCAGGUGAUCACGGGCUCGCGGCUCGUGCGCUCGCGCUCGUCCGACAACCUGCCCACCAGCCAGAGCCAGGUCAAUAUACAGAUGAUGUCCCACACGCUGACUAUACGUGAGAGAAUGUCUGAGGAAGCGUGCAAACAAAUGGGCUCUCACUCGCCGGGCCCGCGCGCCCUGUCCAUGGGCGUGUUCCCAAUCCAAGCGCUCAAGUCGCAGAUAUCCGACCAGAGUGAACUGUUCACGCUAUGGUCGUGGCUGCCGGUCCGCAUCACGAUGUACCAGCCCGUGCUGUUGUACACGACGGAGGAGCACGGCUGCUCGCUGACCACGUUCUAUGUGCGCGUGGAGCACCACGAGCCCACGCUGCUCAUGAUCAAGACGUGCAACAACGAGGUGUUCGGCGCGUACUGCUCGACGCGGUGGUUCGAGCGCAACCAGAAGGACGAGCGCGGCAACCGCCAGGCCUACUUCGGCACCGGCGAGACCUUCCUCUUCAGCCUGUACCCGGAGCGCGCCAAGUACCCGUGGGUGGGCUGCAGCGCCGACAACAAGGAGGCCGUGGCGCACGGCUCCGAGCUCUUCAUGGCCGCCGACUCCAGGAUGAUCACCAUCGGCGGCGGCGACGGGCAAGCGAUCUGGAUGGACGAGAACAUCCGCUUCGGCAAGACGGACCGCUGCUCCACCUUCAACAACCCGCCGCUCUGCCCCUCCGGCGACUUCGAGAUCCGCGUGCUCGAGGUCUACGGCUUCUCCGGCGCCUAGACGGAAUCUCUCGGCCGCCCGCCGUGACGUCACCCGAUCCAGCACGACUACUGUCCUGUCCACGUGACACUCCGUCUCAGGGUUUCCCACACCUAUCGCGACGGCAUUAGCAACCGAUAUAAAAAAAAAAUUAUGUCUACGCCAUAAGAGCGAACGCGACUGCAGAGCCGAGCGACGUAAUUUUUACUCAUAUUGCGUAGACAUGAAGCUUUUUUCUAUUUUAUUGUGACAUUCAUCACUUAAAAGUUUUCGAACCGAAUUCCUAUACUCCUAAACAAAACGGUAUUGCAGAGUGGUUGAAUCAUAAAGAAAACUAAUUUGAUGUCAUACAAAUCAAUAGUAAUACAAAAUGGUGUUGUAAAACGGUGAAGACGUCACAGUAAAUGGGAGGCCCGAUUUAUGUGUUGUCGUACCCCAAGUGUGAUAUAAAUGUUGUGAUCGUGUCACAUGGUGCGCCUGCCUGCAGGCGGCGUCGGCUACAUAGCUAUGUAUGUAUACACCUAUAUACACUGUACAGCUAUAAUCCCACGUAGAGACAAAUGCGAAAAAUGCUUUAUAUGACUCUUAGAGAAAAUCUUUGCAUGGGUGCGUGGCAUUAGAAUUAUUUCCACAAACAAAAAUAAUUCUUACUCGAUUCGUAUUCGAGCUUGUGUCACACUUUCACUAAAAAUCUGAGUUCUAGUUGCAACUGUAACCGCACGAGUGAGGUACGAGAUUGCGUAAGAUGAGAUCGUCAUAAUCGCUAUGUAACCGGUUUUCCGCCUCUUGCCGUAAAUAGACUGUGUAUUAGCUGUAUUACUAUAUUUAUUCACGUGUAAUCUCCCGUGUAUCCCCUAACCUCACACGUACUAAUAAGACACGUGUGUAGGCUAACAGAUCCGUUCAAAACAACGAAAGGGGCAAUUAGGUUGUUACGAUAUUUACUCGCGUAGAGUGUGUAAGUACAAAGAUGUGUUACGUAAUUAUUGGAUUUAAUACGCUUAAAGAAAGCAAUAUGUAUGAUGGCCUAGGCGUCAGCGGCGGCGGGACGUUCCGGAGCUGACGAGGGCGUGCCAUCAUAAGGUCACAAUUUUGUCGUUCUCAUACUUGUACGUGUUAUAUGAGACGAUAUAUUUAGUUUUAUGUCAAAGUUGUAACGGAAUUAAAUGACAAAGAAAUACUCAUGUUUUUUACUAGAUGGCGCUGUAUUUAUCAAACCUCAACGCCAUCUAGUGAAGUUUUUUUUUCUUUGAAAAUAUCAUUGCUCGAUUAAAUCUACAAAUUGAUGGCACGUUCUCAGUCUUAAUGACUUAUAAAGGUUCAUUCAAAAAGAAAACGCUUGUUGUUUUCAUAAAAUAAAAUUAAAAACAACACUUAAAUUAUGGAUGGCACCAAGUCUGCAACGGAACAUCCAAGCCGGCUUCAAUUAUUAUGUGCAUAAAAGUUCUGGAAUAUUUAUAAAGGGCAGCUUACGACGGCUGGCAGUUAUAACCUACUUCUGUGUUAACGUAAGAUAUAUUAAUAUAAGAAGGACGUACCAUACACGCCAGAUGUCAUAAGCCUGGCUUUGAAUGGUCAAAAAUACGGACAAUAGUCUUCAUGCUUAUAGGGCUUGAGCCUCGAUACGUGGACAGAGUAACUCUUGUCUUUACAUCGUUAGUAUUUAAUAUUGAACUCAACAGCUAUUGAAAUACGGUUCAUAUUUUACUAUCGCUAUAAAUACAUGGUUUCUUUAUCCCAUAUAAUUUAUAAACAUGUCUCAUAUACUCAAAACUGUCACCAUGUCUUUGCUCACAAAAAUGUACCAAAGAAAUAUAAAGUAGAAAAAUUUGUAGGUGUCGCUACGCACGGUUUUGAACUUUUUAAACAGUUGUCGGUGUUCUAUGUGUACCUAAAGUUAUGAGUCGUGUGCCGUCGAAAAGUUGCCAAAUAUGCGAAAUUUCCACUUGGAAAUAUUUUGGAACCUUCUCAUAUUUUUGCAUGGGAAUCGAAAUUAUCCGUUUCCAAAAUGAAAGUUUCCUGAUAUUUUCGUGAAUUUUUUGGCAACUUUCCGGAACUUGCACAUCUUUAGUAAUGUUAUGAGUGAGACGCGGUGAGUGUAGUAUUAUUUUACAUUUGACGGUUAUGUGCCAAAAAAAGGACCAUUCGACUUUAUACGUCUGGCAAUUUGGUAUAAAUAUAUUGAUUCGUGAUUUUAUACACCAUUUCUAAUUGCAGAUUUUCUAUGAUACGACAUAUGUGUGUUUCAUUCUCGUAUUUAGUACCCAUAAUGGUGUUUCAAAUUACGAAUUGACGACCGCCUUCCAUCUCAUCAUUUUCUUAUCUAAUAUUAAUGUAUGUGACGAAGCUAUAGCGGAUUCUAAAACUUGACGGUUAGCGUUUAAAAAAAUGAACGAAGUAAUUUUAAUGUGCGAUUUUUUAUAUAUGUUGAAUGCGAAAGUAGCGUUAGUCGGACAUCACAACAUACAUAUCCCUGAAGUACAACGGGAUAGCAUAUCACCGGCGGCUUGCCUUCACUCGGCAAUUCGUGAUGACGAUAAUGAAAUCAUCACGAAUUACAAAGUGAGCUUCCAUUAUUGGCUAAGUUAUGUGUUCUCACCAACACUAUUUUAAAACUGACCAUCUAAAUACUCUCAAAAUCGGUUUUGAAAUAGUAGGUCUUUCGAGCCGAUCCGGAGGUACUACAAACAUGAUUAUCAAAAGCCUAAGACUCGUUUUAAAUUCAGAUUAUUUAUGUAAUUUAUUGAUUAGGUAACAAUGGUUUAUAUAAUGUUAAUAUAGCGCCCCCGCGGGCCGCUACAGGCCUCGCGCGGCCCCGUGCGUGCGGUCAGCGUGCGGUCACGGUCAGCGUGCGGUCACGGUCAGCGUGCGGUCACGGUCAGCGCCUCAAUGCGACCGCACAUUGACUCAACGUGUUAACGCGACCGCAUGCUGACCGUACGCACGGGUCCGCUCGGGGCUAUAAAGUUAUGUCGGUAACUUUGAUAUAUUCGCUCAGUUGUUUUGAGUAUGUGCGCGCGUCCUGUGACACCUCCAAAAAAGGCUUUGAAUGAAAUGAUGAACGCUGAAAAUCAUGUUAGCAAACGCUUAAAUUAAUGCAUUGACAAUUUUUUUAAAGUAGGAUAAGACGCCGCGGCUCAGACUACGGGUGCGUUCAAUAUUAUUUGCACGUAUAGAGGUAUAAUAUGAAGUAAAAAUACCAUACCGUAUUUGAGUAUAAUUGUUUGCCUUUUGCAUGAAUGUAGGUGUCGUGGGUCCCGCGCACACGUUAUGUAAGUAGUAGUGUAUACUGUAUGUGGGGGGGAGGGCGGGGGCGCCGCGAACGAUAUUACGUUCUGUUGCGGGCGCACUGCGCACCCGUCUCUUUCACACCAACAACGUGUGAACGAGACGGGUAUAUCGAUAAAAAUGUUAGGAAGAUCAGCCCCGGAUAUGGUCUGAAAAUUGGACUAAAUAAAUUCAAUUGUACGACAAUACGCAGUUGAAUUUAUUUGAGGCAACUUUCAGUAGUCGUAAAGGUUGAGUUUUUGAAUGUAUGAAUAUUAGGCGCAGCGUGAUCCCGAGUUGUCGUUGAUCAGUGUAAAGUCUAGUCUUUAUCCUGUUUUUAUCUCUAACGAUAUAAUCUAAAUAUUUACGAAUUGAUAUUUAAAUUUUUGUGCGAUUUCGCCCCGACGGGGCGCGUAGGACGUGUUAGUUUAUAAAUACAUAUAAUGUAAAGUAUACUGUUAUUAAUAUUUGUUCUCCUUUUCAGUAUUUGUGGUGUGUGUUGUGAGCAUAUCGAGCGCGUGCUUGUUUUGUUACGUUACUGUACUGUUACAUUCUAUAGUCUAGCCGACGGGCGAAACUUGUUUAAUGGUAAUGUAAAUGUUGCUUUAUGAUGUCUACAAAAUAUAUAAUCCCAUAUACAA